AUGCCAGAUGAGCAUUUACCUUCUUAUCCAUCAUUCGGAUCUUUUGCUACCCCUGUCACAUCCACAGCCAGUUCUCAUUUCGACCUGUAUGCUACCGGGCCGUCUUACACUGCUCCUAGCUACCCUAUGGCGGGGUAUCCUUCGCACACUUCAGUUCCUUUGUUUGGAGAUCCUUAUCAUGUCCCUACUUCCAUGCAUAGUACUGUCACAUACCCGUCUCCAUACUUUGCAGAUCUUCAUGCAUAUCCUCCACUGAGCAUGAGUCCCCAUGACCCAUACUAUCCGAGUCUCUUGCCUUCGUCCACUAAUGAGUUCAGGCUCACAUCUGUCGAGAUUCAGCUCGGCAUCGUUUUCCGUCGCCUUCAUGAGCUUAGUACUCAACAGUCUGCUUCUCGAGCACCUACGAGUGCCGCACCAUCAUCAUCCCCAUUGCCCCCACUACCGACAUCAUCCCCUCCUCCACCACCACCGUUACCGACAUCACAUCCACCACCAUCUCCACCAGCACCGUUGUUUCCUUCACACCAUGCCCCACCUCCGUCUAUUGAGGGGCGCGUUAGCGCUUUAGAGGAGGAUAUGGCUUAUAUCCGAAGGGUCAUUGAUGCAUCUACACCCCCACCCCCACUCUAG